AUGCCGUCUCUCCUAGCAUAUGUGUUCUCCUCCCGCACCGCCGUCUUCUUCUCAGCCUUGCUCCUACGCGCCGUCCUGCUCGUCUACGGAAUAUACCAGGACUCGGUGUCCGCCAUAAAAUACACCGACAUCGACUACUAUGUCUUCACAGACGCAGCGCGAGCCGUGGCAAGACAUUCUUCUCCUUACGAUCGGGCAACGUACCGUUACACGCCUCUCCUUGCUUGGAUUCUCCUUCCUACCAGCUGGGGAGGACUCUGGUUCCAUUUCGGCAAGGUGCUGUUCGCUCUGUCUGAUCUGAUUGCUGGAUGGCUCAUCCUCAUGGUUCUGAAGAGGAGGGGUAUGCGAGAGCCAGAGGCGUUGAAAUAUGCCAGUGUAUGGCUUGUGAACCCAAUGGUUGCAAACAUCAGCACUCGUGGAAGCAGUGAGGGUCUCCUUUGUGUGCUGGUCAUGACGCUUCUGUGGGCUUUUGAGACACGACGCGUCACAUUGUCAGGCAUUCUGCUGGGAUUAUGUGUUCAUUCCAAGAUAUACCCUUUCAUCUACGGGGCCAGCAUGCUGUGGGCGCUUGAAACCAGAUCAUCUGGAUCAAUGAACACUAAAGCUCAAAGUGUGUUCAAAUUCUUCAAUGCAGACCGCAUCCUUCUGGUGUCGACAUCGCUUCUCACGUUCACCGCUCUGAAUGUUCUCAUGUACAAUAACUACGGCCUACCGUUCCUUCAGCACACCUUUCUUCAUCAUCUUACCCGGAUCGACCACCGCCACAACUUCUCUCCAUACAACACGCUGUUGUAUCUCUCGUCUGCCCAAACGACGGUCCCUUCAUUCUCCGGUUCAUCCCUCCGAUUCUCCUUUGAGUCUCUGGCAUUCAUUCCACAGCUGCUCCUUUCCGCGGUUCUCCUUCCGGUCGGCCUGGCCAAGCGUCAUCUUCCAGCAACCAUGCUUGCGCAGACUCUCGCCUUCGUCACGUUCAACAAAGUCUGCACGUCUCAGUACUUUCUGUGGUACCUUAUCUUUCUGCCAUUGUAUCUUGCCGAUUCAUCGCUCACUGCCCGGCCUGCACUGGGAGUUACAGCACUAGCGCUCUGGGUCUUGGGUCAGGCCGCGUGGUUACAGCAGGGCUAUCAAUUGGAAUUCUUGGGCAGAAGCACCUUUGUGCCCGGCUUGUUUGCGGCCAGUCUGGCCUUCUUCGCCAUCAAUUGCUGGAUCCUGGGGAUUGUGGUGCAAGACGUGGUCGAGAAGCCAAUCGAAGCUCCUAAUACCAGCCGUCUAACUGGAGCACGAGCUCCGAUAUCCGCAUCCACACCAACUCCUGAGGUAAAGAGAACUGCCUCAGAAAGGGUUAUAGGUACGGUUGGGCCAACCUCCACAAGACCGCGAGGCAACAGCACCCUCGACAUCAGCGACAUCACCAAUGUUCAUCUAGGGCCACGGAACAGGGUAUUGAAAAGCAAUUGA